AUGCCACCGGCGCAGCCUACUCAAGUAAAUCAAGCCACUGCCGCCGCCGUGAAGAAGGUCGUCGUGGACGACUCACCUGGGGACCGUCCUGCGCCGUCGCCUCUCCUGCAGCUGUUGAUAGUGUUAUGGAAAAACAUAUACGUGACGCGUCUCUGUCGCCACUACAUGACCACGCUGCUCGAGAUCGUUCUAAUGGUGGCGCUGCUGCUGGGAAUCCAAGACGACGCCGUGGUGCGCGAGCCUCUGAUACGAAAAGGGGACACCAUCUUUCGGCCCAUUCACCCCAGCGCCUUCUGGAACACGCAGCCCAGCAUGGUCCAAGUCAAACAGGUGCUAUUUGCGCCGGCCACCAAUAAAUAUGUUUCUCGGUUGACACGUGAAGCCAUGAAGGAGCUGGGCGUGCGGAGCGUUCUGGGAGUGACAUCGAGGAAGGAACUAGUGGAAACCAUGCUGGUGCAGAACCGAACGCCCGUGCACGUGGUAGGGCUCCUGUACAGGAACGUGGAGGCCGGUGACGAGAAGAGCGUGCCCGUCAGCCUGCGGAUAACCUUCUUCGGGAGCCACCUGCCUCUCGACGUGCUGGUGCAGUAUCCUGAACGGAUUCUGUCUCAGCCGGAGGGACCUUCGGCUGAAGAACGCUUUCCGGAAAUGAACACCUUGCUUCCCAUCAUGGGUGCGCUACAGCAGCGACACUUGGAAAUGCAGGCGGCCCGGUUCAACGCUUCUCGGCAGCGGUUGCAUCAAGUGUGGCUGCAGCGUUUCCCCUACCCGAGCUACAUCGAGCAUAAGGACACCAAGAACUAUGCCCUGGUGCUGACCCGUUUCUGCAUCGGCAUGCUCAUCCCGUUCGCCGUCUUUGUUGCCAGGCUGAGCGACGAGAGGGUCACUGGUGCGCACGAGAUUCUGCGAACGUUUGUCUUCCAGCUGUUCGACGUUUAA